AUGUCUUCGACUCUUGUUCUCCCUGGCGAUUCAAUCCCUCUCCCCUCAUCUUCCAAAUCCGUCAUUUUGGGUCCAGGUAUCGCCGCAUCCUCUUCUCGAAUUCAAGCACCUCAUAUGGGAACAACACCUACAUGUAUAUCUACUAGGCUAGGACUGCUGAGCUCAUUGAAGGGCAAGGAGAAGAGCGAGCAAGUCUGGGUAGAAGGUAGCUCUAAAAGGUAUAUACCAGCACAGAAGGACAUGGUACUCGGAACCAUCAUAGCUAAGCACGCUGAAGGUUUCAGAGUGGAUUUGGGAUCUGCACACAUGGCUUCUUUGGAAGGAUUAGCAUUUGAGGGAGCAACAAAGAGAAGCAAGCCCAAUCUCAAGGUCGGAACACUGGUAUACGCUCGAGUAUCUUUGGCUAAUCGAGACAUGGAGCCGGAGAUAGAAUGUUUUGAUCCCAAUACCGGAAAAGCAGAAGGAUUUGGAGAACUUAAGGGAGGUUUGAUGCUUACUUGCUCACUUCAGUUAUGUCGACAUUUGCUCAACCCUAACUUCCCCUUACUUCCUGCUCUUGCGGCUUCUGUCCCAUUCGAAAUAGCUGUUGGGCUUAAUGGCAGGGUAUGGUUCAAGACGGAGACGGUUUCUGAGUCCAUUGCCGUGAAGAGAGUUAUUGAAGGCGUGGAUAGCGGAGAGAUCAAAGCCGAGAAAAAAGAUGUAGAGAAUGCCGUCAAAGAGUACUUAGCUUAG